UUUAUUAAAUCGAUUGUCCAGAAAAUUCUGCAGUUAAUUAAAGAUGGGAUCGAAUGCGGCGCUGCAAUCAGUGCUCGCUUAGAUCCAUUUUGUUUUCAGUGAUCGAGCUUCAUUGGCGGUCAGUAGCGUCACAAAUUGCAACGGAGGUAGUGGUGAAUGUUUUGUUUGGCUGUAACACACGUCAGACAGCAUGAAUAAUGUUCUCGUAUUACUGAUUUUGUUUAUUGCACUAUUAAAUGUUGGAUACUGUACGCAGAGAACCUUACGAUCAUGGGUGAAUCCUGACUGUGGCUCAAUAUGUAAAGCCGUAAACGUAACAACAGUUUAUCUAAGAGCUGAUGGUCCCAAUGACACUUUACAUUAUCUGUGGGACUUUGAUGGAAAUCCGUCCGUGUUAUUAGCACUUACUUCGUCCACAGCUUACCUAAACAUAAGCUGGGAAGAUUUCCUUCUGAACAAAAAAAAUUCUGUAACAUUCACAGAGGAACCUAUGUAUAGUUUUGGAGUAGUUAUAAAUAAGAUUAUAGAGUUCAAUGACAUAAAUGAUACAGCAUUGAUAAACAUUGCUAAUGUUGUAAAUACAAAUGUUUUAAAUCCAAAGUUUUUCCAAUGGGAGCGUAAGACUUUAAUACAAAACACUGACUUUGUUACCUUAGACAUGGAAGGUAACUAUUACAGUGAUACUGCUAUGAAUAUUAGUAGAAGUGGAAGCGUAAAGCUUUCGUUAAGAGGUUUCUGUUCGCUCGAUCAUUCAGAAAUUAUGCCUCACAUGUUGCACACGGAGAACUCCACUCAGAUUGAUAUUAUUCUUGAUAAUAUGCAAACAAAUGAAUCUUUCUCAAAUAGUAGAUUUGCUAUAGAGUUGUUAGUAGUUGGCGAAGGGAAUCCUGAUAUACCCAUGUUCGUGAAUCCUAAAAAAAGUUUGGACGAUGAACAUACUCCAGGUAUAUUCGAGGUGGUUGAAGUUAGGACACCACCAAACAAAAAUAUGGAUAAUUUCCGAACUGAGGGUGCUUAUUUACAAUGGAGACCAGUCUCGUACACAACUGUAGCCCGAGAGGUGACAAGCUCAACAGAAACAGUACAAUAUCCACCAGUGAAAGUAACUAAUCACACCGAUGCUGUCGUGAAAUCUAUGUUGUAUUGUUACUAUGGAGACAAAGUUGACAAAAUGCUCACACAGAGAAUUAUUAUAUCGCUAGGAGCGAAAGGAGAUGGAUUUUAUAAAAAAACUUAUUAUUCCACAUGGACAUUCUUAGUUGGCUACGGUACACCGCCAAGCGAACGAUUUUCUUAUUUGGUAAUUAUGAUCAUUUCAAUCGGUAUAGGUGUUCCGCUAGUUAUUCUCAUAGUAACUGGAUUAUACCUCUGCAUUCGCAAGCUGCCUAAACGAAACAGUGAAAGUUAUUUAAGUCAAUGAAAAAGAAACAUAGUUAAUUAGGCGAAGUUUAAUAGCAAUUUGUGCACGUUUAGCUGCAUUAUCAAUAUUCCACUAUUAAAUUUUACAAGAGAUUUCCUAUAUUUAUAUAUUGAAUAAGGAUUAUUAUGUACAAAUUUAUACACCAUUA